AUGGCGUCUAUUUCUUCUUCUUCUUCUUCUUCUUCGUCCCGUUCUUGGUUGUUGUUUGAUACUAAUUCUCCGCUGGCAAGCCUGAGCAAGAUAUUGUUAAUCUCCGGCGUAGUUUUGUACAUAGGAAUCAUUCUCCUGCCCAACAUCCCAUCGUGUCCGUCCCCGUCGGAGAUAAUGGUGUCUCCGACGAGAGUGGCGGUGGAUCAGACGGUUUCAGGCGGUGAUCCGAGUCCGAGUCCGAGUCCUGGGACGGGUCGGGGUCGGGGGGGUCGGGGUCGGACGAACCUGAGCCACGUGAUAUUCGGGCUGGUGGGGUCGGAGAACGCGUGGCACCACCGGAAGGCGUACGUGGAGACGUGGUGGCGCCCCAACGUGACGCGUGGGUUCAUAUACCUGGACACGGAGCCGACGGGGGAGCUGGUGCCGUGGUCGCCGUGGUCGCCGCCGUACAGGGUGUCGGACAACAUAAGUAGGAUAGUGGAGGUGACGGGGCACGUGGACGCGACGGUGGCGCGUAUUGUGCACGGGAUCAUGGAGGUGUUCCGGGAUUGCGAAGGGGAGAACGAAGAUCGUGGGCUGAGGUGGGUGGUGAUGGGGGACGACGAUUCUAUCUUCAUGGUGGAUAAUAUGGUGGAGCUUCUUGCUCGGUAUGACCACACCAAAUACUAUUAUUUUGGAGGGCAUUCCGAGUUCAUAUUGUCCAAUUUUUGGUACUCUUUCAACCAAGGAUUUGGGGGCGCGGGUUUCUUGCUUAGUUACCCUUUGGCUAAGGCCCUUGCAAAGGGCAUCGAGUCCUGCCUCAAACGCUACAAUCAAUUGAGGGCUGCAGAUUCUACUGCCAUGGCUUGCAUUGCUGAUCUUGGAAUAAAUCUUUCACCCGUUCCAGGCAUUCAUCAGAUGGACCUUCGAGGUGACGCGUCGGGGUUCCUGUCGGCCCACCCGAACACCCCACUAAUGUCCCUCCACCACUUCGACAUGAUCGAGCCCAUCUUCCCACUAAUGGACAGAGCCCAAUCGACGGCGCACCUGAUGUCGGCGGCCAACAUGGAUCAAACUCGGAUUCUGCAGCAGAUCAUCUGCCACCACCGGGUGACCAAUUGGACCUUCUCGGUGUCGUGGGGGUACGGAGUUCACAUCUACGAGAAGAUCAUGCCUCGGAGCUUCCUUCAGAACCCGAUUGUGACCUUCAAGGAUUGGGCGCCCAGCCCUCGUCCCCCGAAUUGGAUGUUCGAUGUUCGCCAGCCCGUCAACGACCCCUGUGAGUCUCCUCAUGUUUUCUUCCUGGAAUCUGUGAAGAAAACCCCCAACAACAACCGUAUCCUUACCACCUACAAGCGUCAAUGGCGUCGCAAGCUCCCCCCUUGUGCCUUCACUGGGAAUCACUCCGCGGAUUAUGUUUUUAGGAUUCGGGUCUAUACCCCCGCCGCCAAACGCACCCAGGCUGAAAGAUGUGAAUGCUGCGACGUCACUCGUGUGAGUGAUAGCAGCAUUGCGGACGUCAAAAUCAGGGAAUGCAUGGAGAACGAGGUUAUCGCAUAGUCAAGAUGAACAAGUUUAAUUUUGUUUUUUUUAACAAAAUAAAUUUUAAUUCUUUAUUGUAUUUUUGUUGUUGAUAUAAAAGUAUACACUACACACAACGUAACCAUCAGUUUGCCACUUUGUUUCUUGUGACACAAAGUCGGCAUA